CCCCUCUCUUUCUCUCUCUCUCUCUCUCUCUCUCUCCUAGACAUCUCCUCGUGCUCCUAGCUGACGACCUAUCCGUCCCUCGUCCUCGUUUUUCCUUCGUUGGCUACGCUACGACCCUUCCUCUCCUUUUUCUCUCUUGCCCAACCUCAAGCGGUCGGUGGCCAUCAUCAUGAACAGUUUGGUGGCUACACCACCUGUGCCUCCUCACCACUUCUACGAACCUUCUCGUCUCUCUCCUUCCCGUCCAAUGUCUACCCCAACCCACACGCCCAACCGCAAACGGAAAGCUGAUGAUGAUGGCAACGAUCACGAUGGCCGAAUGUCCGCAUCUCCCACCAACUCGCCCGCUUUCACUCCUCGAACCCUUCCAUCCAACCGACACCAUAUCAAGCGUGCUCGUCCAAAUGUCAGCGGGCGGCCUCUCUCCCUGCCCCGCUUGCUAGAGACCUUGGAUACCAAUGCUCUCCGGGGCGUUCUCCGCUCCAUGUGUGAGCGUCAUCCGGCCCUGAUGGAUGAGGUCAUUCAUACCGCCCCACGACCCAGCGUAGCAUCCGCACUCCAGGUGCUUCGGAAUUACCAGUCCAACCUUCAGUCAUCAUUCCCGUUGGGCGGCAGCUCUGAAUCAGAUUACGCCUACAACCGAGUCCGCCAGCCUUUGGGGAGUUUGUUGGACGCCCUCAGUGACUUUACACCACAUUUCCUCCCGCCAAACGAAACACAAGCCUCCGUAUCCUUGAGCUAUUUAGAUGGGGCAACCGACAUAAUUCACGCUUUGCCCCGGUGGCACACACCUCAGAACAAUCUAGAGCGGGACUCUGCGUACGACGAGAUUUGCAAGGCCUGGAUCUUGGUGAUUCGGGAGGCUGCCAAACGUGGCGGUGGUAUUCAGUUACAGUACGGUGGUUGGGACCAGAAACUGGCAAAACACAACCAAAACUCCGGCGGUAAACUGCAGGCAGCCGUCAACGAGCUCGGUUCCAGCUUAGGGUGGAUGCACAGACCGGAUGCCCAAGGCUAUGGAAGCCCUGGAGGUAAUGACCUUGGAUCCAUUCGCGAGCAACUCUUGUCGGGCACAUACGGGCUCGGCACCCCAGUCAAGGUUGGGCCAUGGUAAUGCCGCCAACAAUCGACUGCCAGCUUCAUCUUCUCCCAUCUUCUUCCUCCCACCGACCUACUCCAAAAACGACAUCCUUCACGACACUUGUUUUACCGCCCUCCCCAUUCAGAGCUAGUGUCCGAAACCUCGACCGUGCAAUGUCCACGUAUGAUACGAUCACGAUACUUUAUCGCAUG